CAGGAGUCAGGCCGGGGUCGGGAUAGAGAAGCAUCAGCAGCAUCAGCAUCAGCAGCAGCGUCACACGUACUUUACGCACAGUCAGUGAAUGAACGGAGGCAGGGACCCGGUGGAGGAUGCUGCUGACACUGGCUCAAUGUGGCUUCUUCUGUGGGUUUAUUUACCAGGUAGCAGCGGUCUGGUCGCCGGUCCUGGUGUAAAAUGCACUGGAGCAGACCGGGCGUGCUGGUCGGCCUAGCUCAGCUCGGCUCGCUUCUCCUCUUUCUAUCCUAGUACUUUUUUUUUUAUUAUUUCCAGGUCAAAACCUCAGUUUCCUGUGCGGCUUGUUUGUACUAAAAAUGGCCGGAGAUGGUGGCGCUCUGAAGGAUAUCAAUGAGAUUAAGUCCCAGUUCCGGACCAGAGAGGGCUUCUACAAGCUGCUCACCCUCUCGGACUCGCAGCAGCGGGGCGGACUGGCGCGGGGUCCGUCCGCUGGAGCCACGCUGGGCCCCGGGCCUGGACCCGGUCCGAUACCCGGCGGAGGGGUCGGGCUACUGCAGGGGCCCGGGGCUGCCGCCGCCGCUGCUGCCGCCGCCGCUGCCGCCGCCGCCUCCUCUUCUUCCAAUGCUGCAGCCAACUCUUCUCCGGCGGGCUUUCUGCCGCCGGUCCGGGUGUCUAUGGUCAAACUGCAGCCUGAAGAUCCGAGCGAAGAGUCGGAGCGGGUGUGCUUUAACAUCGGCAGGGAGCUGUAUUUCUACACCUACACUAACAUCAAGAAGGCCGUAGACCUCAGUAAGCCGAUAGACAAGAGAAUCUACAAGGGGACUCAGCCAACAUGUCAUGAUUUCAACCAGUACUCGGCCACAGCAGAGAGUGUUGCUCUCAUUGUUGGUUUCUCAGCAGGCCAAGUCCAGUAUCUCGACCCGAUUAAGAAGGAGACCAGCAAACUCUUCAAUGAGGAGAGGUUGAUAGACAAAUCCAAGGUGACAUGUCUAAAAUGGCUUCCCAAGUCAGAGAACCUGUUCCUGGCCUCCCACGCCAGUGGACACCUCUACCUCUACAACGUGGAUCACCCAUGUGGCACCACGGCCCCACAGUACUCUCUGCUGCGGCAGGGGGAAGGCUUCGCAGUUUACGCCUGUAAAACCAAGACGCCGCGCAACCCGCUGUUGCGAUGGGCGGUGGGUGAGGGGGGCCUCAAUGAGUUUGCUUUCUCCCCGGAUGGUGUGCAUGUAGCAUGUGUUGGUCAGGAUGGCUGCUUGCGAGUCUUCCAUUUUGAUUCGAUGGAGCUGCAGGGUGUAAUGAAGAGCUACUUUGGUGGGCUACUGUGUGUGUCAUGGAGUCCAGAUGGGAAAUAUCUCGCCACGGGUGGAGAGGAUGACCUGGUUACCGUCUGGUCAUUUGCAGAGAGCAGAGUGGUAGCAAGGGGGCAUGGCCACAAGUCGUGGGUCAAUGUGGUGGCAUUUGACCCCUUCACAACCUCCCUCGAAGACGAUGAGCCUAUGGAGCUUAGUGGCAGUGAGGAGGACCUCCACCAGGGGGUGCCAAACAAUUCCAUGCACUUUGGGCGUGUCCGAACAAGCAGCACGUUGUCGCGUCUUUCUCGGCACAGCUCCAAAGGUGGUGGCUCGGCAUCGGUCACAUACCGGUUUGGCUCAGUGGGGCAGGACACCCAGUUCUGCCUGUGGGACCUGACAGAUGACGUGUUGUACCCACGCCUGCCACUGUCACGCGCCUUUACUAACACUUUUGGACCAUCACUGUCCAACUCUGGCAGUGGAGUUGUCAACAGCACCUCAGGUGGGGGAGGAAGUGGAGGGGUUGAGGGGCAUCAUCACCCACCAAACACCAAUACUGGCACAUCCAACCCACCAACACUCCCUUUACCGCUUCCUCGCUCCCUCUCACGCUCCAACUCUCUACCCCACCCGGCUGUGGCAAAUACCUCCAAGAGUCAGGGUGCCUCAGAGGGUGGUGGGGGAGGAGGAGGAGGUGGAGGAAGCAGUGGAGCAGGAAACACUACUCCAUUCAGCAUAGGUCGUUUUGCCACACUGUCACUCCAGGAGCGCAAGUCAGACAAGUCUGGUGGGAGUGGUGGUGUGGAGAAGGAGCAUAAGCGCUACCAUAGCCUUGGCAACAUUAGCAAAAGCAACGAUAAAAUCAAUGUGGCGCCGAGGAGCAAUCGUCUGGACGCUGCUAAGGUCUUAGGCACCACACUGUGCCCACGCAUGCAUGAGGUGCCACUGCUGGAACCACUGGUGUGCAAGAAGAUAGCACAUGAGAGGCUGACAGUACUGGUGUUUAUGGACGACUGUAUCAUCACCGCCUGCCAAGAGGGUCUCAUCUGCACCUGGGCACGGCCGGGGAAGGCGAACUUGACAGCACAGAAUGGGAACUCUCCGAGUGGCACAGUGGUAUAGCUGGAGGAGAAGCUUUGCACUCAUCCCUUCCUCCCUCCAUCUCCUACCUUGUUCUUUGUCAUCUUCUCUCUGUUUAUCCUCAAAUUGUUAGACUGUGCCCAAACUACAAGUGCAGUAUUAUACCCUCACUAUAACUCUGUGCGCUUGCCAUAACCCAAAACCUGUUUCCUGUCAAUUUAACUCUCAUGGUGACAUCAGUUUCUUGAGCAACACUUCUGAAACAAGCAGAUAGACUAGGUUCUCUGACAGCUGUCAUCUUUCAGCAUGGCAGAGCCAUCGUGCACAAGCCAGGUCAUUUAUGAAAACUUUCCACAAUUUGGUAUGAGAGAACCUGAUGUGCUUGCACUGAGCCUUGGCAUCAACGUAAUUCAGCAGCUGUGGAAUGAGGUGGGAUGUAGAUUUUAAACUGCAGAAGGCCUUGUGUUGCUAAUGCUAAUUUGGCUGAAUGGGGAAAAAAUACAAACAGAUUCCAAAAUCCAAUUUAUUUAUUUAUUUAUUGGAAAAAUCAGCAGCAAAUUAGAUGCUAUGUUGCAUGAUCAGCCAUCACAUGUCAUUGAUGUCCUCCUCACUGCUGCUAAUGUUGAGUUGCCCACAUACUUGUGGCCAUAUAAUGUUUGAAAACUUGUACUUUUAUAAUUAUUUUGUCCUACAGUAGCAACUACUGUGGGUGAUUUGUUCAAAAUUCAAGUUUAAUGGCUGAGUCAUCCAUAGCAAAGUUUAGAUCCACAAAUUCAAAAAACUCAUCUGUAUUAAUUGUUUGUACAGAUUCUUUAGAUGAGCCCUUUCUAUUAUACAACUUUGUCCUUUUUCCAAAAGCACAUGCUGUGUUUUAUUAUUAAUCCUUCACUUUUCAUGUGGGUUCAUUUUCAUUGACAUUGUCAUAAAAAUGAGAUGCUACAGGUAUGAAUCCUAAUGUUCUAUGGUGAUCUGCACUGCUUGUUUGUCCGGAAGUGUUUUUCAACUCAUGUCACCGUGUGAGUAAUGUGUUCUCAGUGCUUCAGCCAAACACUGAAUCAAACACAUCAUUUGUCAUUUUCUGAGAAUUCAUCUGAAGCGACAAGGAGUGAUUGGCAGGCCAUGCUCAGCCCUGCCUUCAUCCAAGCCAUCCCUUUUCUCAUUCAUGCAAAAAGACACUGCAAAAGCCACGGCCAUUGUAUUUAAGUUAUUUAUUUUAUCACAAGACUGUGUAGUAAUUUAUACUGUAAAUACUGAAAAUACUCUAUAAAUACAAAAAAUGUGUAAAUGUGUAUGGAAACGACUCGGCAGCAAGGAAGCGAAGAAGAAGCAGAAAAGAUGAAGAAUAUUAAUAUAUGAAGAUCCUUCUAUUGUAUGUAAGAACACAGUUAUAAGUUGAAUGUCUGCUGUUUUAUGGAACUUGAAGAUGUCAUUGUGUUUUUUAUUUUGUGUGAUAGUUUCUCCAGUUUGUCCCUGAACAUGAGCUGGGUUUAAUAUGUCAGUAGGGACGGAAGCAUUUUGGGUCCGACUUUUUAGAGUUUGACCCAAGUGGAGCACAGAGAGCAAAUAUCAGCUUCACGUUAUAACUAAUUCUGCUUAACAACAUGCGUGGACAUACGUCAUCUUAAAAAAAAAAAAAGUCUUAUGAACAAACACUCUGGCACAUUCCGAACGUAAAAACGGCUUUCACACACACACACACAACAAACACAAUCCCCUUUAAGGUGUAGCAUCAUAUAUCAUUUCCUGUGUCUUAGACUUCAUUCCUGUUGCACCUGAAUUGCCUCUUGCAAAAAUUUGCACAAACAAUAAACUCACAGUUCAUCCUGAGUUGUCAUGGCUGAUGUUAGAAGGUGUUAUUUUCCUGACUGAUCUGAUCUCUGUGUAAAACCACUCCCAUGUCCCCACCUUGCCUUGGAUUUGUUUGCUGCAGAGGAUACAACGGGUGUGCAUCUUGAGAGGAAAAGAUUUAUUACCUUUCACUAGAUUAGAAAUUUGGCUUAGCGGGGUCUCAGGCGAUUAUUGAAUGUUGUGCUUGUUGAAAUUUUUCCUCAGAUUAUUAAGUGAGAAAACAAUCUAAACAUGUUGCAAACAAAAACCUGGUUUGAGCUGCCAUCAGUAUGUGAAAAGGUGUUUUGUGUGGUGAAAAAAAAUCUCCUUUGACACAUAGAAGUUCAAUGUUUGCCAUUUUGCAAUAGUUUUUCCUGAACACGAUGAGAUGAAGUGUGAUUAUAUGAUAUGAUUAUAAAUAUGACAUUAAAAACACAACAUGAAUUGCUUUGUCACGUUGAACAGACUAAAAACUCUUGCUUGAAACUUUGCUGCAUCAUGUUGCCUGGAUUCCUCUUCUGUUCUUCAGUUCAGUUCACAGAGCAGCAGCUGCUUGAGCCAGUGUUUAGAGCAUUUUACGACCCAGUCAACAGCAACAAGCAGCAGAGGCUGCUCAAACGAUUAGAUGGUAAAUGCCAUAGAUACAACCGAUAUACUCAUCUUGUGUUGUGAUUUAUGACAUAUCAAAACCAGCUGGACGAUGUUAGUGCAGCGUGCCAGCAGUGUUUAUUUUUAUCAGGGUUUGUGUUUUGGGUUUUUUACGUGUUCACAUUGUUGUUACUUAUUUGGGACCUUCUCUGGUGAACAUGCCAACCUCCUGAGGUCAACUUCUUAUCAUGGGACCAAAGCCUAGGCCACAUAUGCCAGUGCAAGGUCCUAGUAAGUGUGUGUGUGAGAGAGAGAGCGAGAGAGAGAGAUAGAUUUACAUUCUAUUAAUAGCAAAGAAACUUCCAACACUGCAGGAUUCAGGGUUAUGCCCUUGGAGCAAUGGACAAACCUCCCCUUUCCUUGCACUGCAGUUUGAGGUUAUUGUUCUAAUCUUUGUUGUCAUAGCAACAGCACGUCUACAAGUGUAUCUUGAAUACGCCCCUGGGUUUUCAAGUGCAUCUUGGCUGUGAGGUUAAAUUAAUGCUUCAUCACGUCAGAGAUGAGACAAACCUGAACCUGCUUGAGUCAGUCAUUAAAAGAAACAAUUCAACCCGACAUGAAAAACAUCCAUACCCACCUUCUCCUUAAGAUGGAAGUUUGACACAAGCAGAUGUCAAUCAGUUAGAAUAUUUCCACACAGGUUGUGCAGUUGAAUCCAAGUAUAGUAUGGUCACAUGUUUGGAUUGCGUUACCUUGCAAUCACACUGAAACCUUUUUUGUUCCUUUUCUUCUCUUUCUCAUUACUGUGUCUUAUUUUGUUUUUUUCUUUUGGCUCAUGAUACACACGUUGAUUGAAUGUGACUGGCUAAUGUGUGAACUUCAACUGUUUUAGAGAUAAUAGAUGGGAGGAAAAAAAACAACUUAAUUGUCAGUUUUAAUUGCAUUUUUAUUUACUUUUUAUCACAGUCAUUACAGAACUACAAUAGCAGUGACUGCGGAUGAGAAGAAGUGUUUGCUCAUAUGCGUUUAACUCAAAUAUAUUCAACCAGAAGUAAAAAGAAAAAGAAUCUAUUCCCAAAUAACAUAUUUGUUUGUUUUUAGGGUGACAUCCUCAUGUCAAAACCUGUCAGCCUAAUUACUAUGACUGCUGUGCUGAUCCUGUUUCAUCCAGUACUAUCCUGUUCAUUCACAAAACAGUCAUCCAAGGAUUUAAAUAAUUAUAUGCCAUUUAUAAACCACAAUUAUGUGCUUCUUUCUGUCAGGAGGAUGGUGACGAUAUGUGAGUGUUUAACCAGAGCUGAAUGAGGGAGGUGAAGAUGAACCACACUGUGAACACAACAUUCUAAUGAUAUUAUUGACAGGGAUCUCUGAUCACAUGAACAGCUGAGCGCUGCAGCCAGAGUAAACUAGUAAACUGUUGUUCACAGGCAGGGUGGACAGGAACAACCUGCAUGUUCUGUCAACACAAUUCUACAAACUGAAAAUUAAAACAUUUCCUCCUGAUGCACUGUACUGCACAAAAAGCAACUCAACUAUUUAAUGCCACAAGAAACAUUAUCUUAACAUAUUUUGGGUGUUUUGUUUGUUUUGUUUUUUUUACACAUGUUCUUAUUUGUCCCUGUGUGCUAGUGUAAAAUAUGCAUUCUCCAUUAUCACCAUUCAGUGACCACAUGCACUGACUGAAACCCACACACACACACACACACACACACACACCUUCCCACACUUGAUGCCUGUUCUGGUGGGAGUUAUAACACAGAAUGACAUCACUGUAUCCAGUUUGUAUAUGGAGAUCUGUUAUUAAAAUUGAUUAAAGCUUAAACACUAA